CUUAGAAGUUGUUUAUGGAGCUUUGAAUUCCUUCCCAUUGCGCGCUCCUCUUCCACAAGCAACCUUCUCAGCAACAUCGAUUGUUCCUUUUCAAGGGUGCGCAUCCAAUAUGGCUACCACGUCAUAUUUGUACAAGGAGACGCGCCUUAACUUGGAGCCGUCUUCGAGUUCGUACAUUGUUGACAUUGAGCUCCCUACCACGAGUUCCCAAACACGAAGCUCGCGAAGGUCCACCAAACCAGCUAAAGGGAUCUCCAAGAACAACACCCCUCGAGCUACCACCUCUGCCAUAUACUACCGAAAACACCACAACUUCCCUAAGGGUUUCCUUUGGCGAAUUCUCGAAGAUGAUACUAUCUUGAGUAUACGAACUGUCGAUAUCUGCAAGCCCAAGAAAGCCUCCGACGCAAACCUCAUCCUCAACUUCCACUUUCAACAACCCAUCAUACCUACUUGCGUUGCCUUUUGCGAUCCACCCGAUCACGAUGCGCUCAGUAUCUUCAUCCUCGACACUGCCAACCAAUUAUACAACAUCUUCUUAAGACCAGACUCCUUCCGCAAGCGUUCGUUUGCUGAAUCGGGACUUGGAGAUUCUUGCAAGAUAUUCCAGCCUAGUGCCUUCCGAGGAGGAUUCAAGCACCCGUACAGACUUAUUGCGGUGAGCUGCGACCAGCUAGUCGCAACGCUCUCUGACGGUGGCCAUAUUCGCCUUGAUAAGAAUACAUCACAUAACGCUUCGCAGGUACCAUGGAAGGAGACGUUUUAUAAUGCAAAAGGCUGGUUUCGAAGUUUACUAGGUGGCCGAGGAGAUCUAGAUAUCAAGGCGGCAGCAGCGGCGGUUCAUACGGAUCUAGGACUGAACAACGCUUCGUUCCUUUUCACAGUUUGUCUCGAUCAUCGGUUACGAAUCUGGAAUCUCAAUAAUGGUACUAUUCUCGAGGCUUUGGACUUACUAAACAAUGCCACGAGAGAUCCGCAGGAAACGGGGAAGUGGCAGUUAGAUGCAACGCAGACGAACCUGAUCCGUAUUGUGGGCGACACCGAAGGGAGGAGGUUGGGUGUGACUUAUUCGCCAGUUGGCCCUGGCGAAUUCAAGUUUUGGAUGCUGGAAUCUGAUAACGGCAACACUGUCCAGGCGGAUGAUCUCUUCCCCAGGAGAAACUUCAUACCCAUUCCGCCACUCGGAUCAGAUGUUUGGACUCUCGCUGAUUUUAGCGUGGCGCAACGUUCCGCGACCGAUGAGUUUCGAAUGUGGCUCUUAUGGAAGAACAACAUGGCAUAUCGGGUCCAGGAGUUAACGUUCCUAUUAGAAGAACUCACGCAAGCUUGGGAGAGCCGUUGGCGAUCUGUAUUUUCCGACACGGCCAUACCAACCGCACAAAUAUCUAGUCCAUCUGACCCCACCGACCCUACAGAAAAAUGGCUUCAGCUUAUUUUCUUCCCGGGAAGGUUCCCCAAAGUGACUGUCGAGGCUGCGCUGAGUGCCUACGAAGGUGCGAUUGGAAGGCAGGGCCGCUCUUCAUCGCGUAAUGGCCAAGGCCUCGCCGAAUCGAUCUGCUCCGCCAUCGCUUCGACCUCGUCUUUGAAUAAGACGUCAUCUGGUGAUAUGGAUCAUGAGCAGUUUAGAAACUCUAGCGAGAUGCAAUGGCGAAAAUUCUACCGAAUUCUAUUGGAGCUCGACAAACCGCGUGGUGAAGCGUUGUCGCUAUCAUACGAAUCGGAGUCGGGAAUGCCGUGGGUUGUGUGCGCUGACAGCGUCUCUGCAAUUAGAGAAUGCUGUGAGUUGGAACAGAUUUGUCAUAACCCAAACUCGAUAUUUGAAGGGUCGAAUGAGGUUCCAGCCCUCCUUACCUCCGGGGUUAACUUCGUCGAGGGGUUUUCAGACAGCAUGCUACAAAUAUGCCAUUCCGUACUUCGACCGGAGAUGUUUGAAGAGUCAUCUAAGUCAGACCAAGAACGUCUUCAGUUCGUUUCGGACAAGGCAGGAUUCUGGCGACAAAUAUCUGACGAAGAUGCGGCCCAAGUGACUGAUACUCUGGGUCCGAAUUUCAACUUAGUAACGACACGCUUAUACGACCGGGUGCUUGCGACAUUCAACGAGACCUGGGAGCCUCCACACCCAACAGAACUUCCUCUUACAGAGUUCGGGCGCAAAAUCGUCGUUAGAUCGGUUCAGGACGUGGCUGAAUUACAAUGGCGUGUUUGCUUCAGUCAAAUAAUCCUCCUUGUUCAUAUGGAAUUCGAGUUUGAUAGCCCGGAAGAUGCUCUUCACAAUAACGUCGAAGUUGGCGUUAUAUAUCGCAACUUGCUUAUAAUACUUAGGAGACUUGAACUCCUACGAUGGCUUGCCAAUACCCAGAUUACCACGCCGCUACCGAAGGCGGAUAAGCCAAAUUCUGUGCCUGGAGGUUCCCCGGUGAACUCGAAGCGACAGGUUGAGGAACACCGAGUCCUAACUGCUCUCGAGGGCAACGUGGGACACCUUCUCGAAUUACCUGUACUCGCCUCAAUCCAUACAGGUGCAAUGCCUUCGUGGAUUACGAACAUUGUUGCCGACCUUUGUGCGCCCGCUAGUAAUGUGGAGCUACAACCUCAGUACAUCCAAUGUGGUCUGCUCGUUAGAGAUAGAGCAGAUCUCGCCGUUGAGUUAACUCCCUUCUGCGAACAAGAUCCAUUCUCUACUUACGUGCAAGGGCGCGUAUAUCUUGCUCUCAAAGAUUAUACGACUGCCGCUACCUAUUUUAAGAGGGCAGCGUAUGGAAUGAGUGUGCCCCAAGCGAACCCUGAAAGGCAUAGUAGCGGUCUUCUUGAUGAGACAGAGUGGAAUCUGCUCUUUGCCGGGCUACCACGCUAUUACGCACACAUAGUCGCCCUAUUUGAACAUCAGAAGGCGUACUUCUCUGUUAUCGACUUUGCUCGCCUAGCACUCCAAUUUGUCAACCAUACAACCGAGGAUGCGGAUAAGGUCCGAACAGAAAUCCAGUGCCGCCUCUUUAGUGGUGCGCUGGCUACCUCACAAUUUGAGACGGCACAUUCGACUGUGGUGGCGAUGAAGGACCGCGCCCUGCAGCACUCCUGUCUACGAGCACUCAUCCAGAGGAUGUGCGAUAACCUGCACAAUUCCGAACUAGUCAACCUUACUUUCCCAGGCUUACAGACCGCCGUCGACGAUAUUCUUGCGCAGCAUUGCCAAGAUACAGUGGACGUCAUUACGGGCGUCCCUUAUCACCAGAUCCUCUAUGCUUGGCGCAUCAAGCGAAACGAUUACCGUGGGGCAGCAUCAAUUUUGCUUGACCGUAUCCAGAAGCUUAGACAACUCGGGGAAGGUGAUCAGGUGACAGGGGAUGAUAUUCUGGACACGGCCGUGACGAGGCAAUAUUUGAUGCUUAUCAACGUCUUGAGUUGUGUGGACCCGAAGCAGGCAUGGAUUACGAUCGAAGGCCAACCACACUCAAGCAAGUCGGGCACAAAUGGCACUGCGAAGCGUAAGGUGGUAACCCUGGCUGAUAUCCGAAAGGAGUAUCAGGACGAACUUGACCGCAUCGCGGCGAUCCACAACGACCAAUUUGGGUUUGCGGCAGACGACGAGAUGGAGAUCCUAUGAUUUGAGGGUAGAGCGAUCAAUAAUGUGGAACGAUCGCAAAUGUACAAUAUGACUUGUUUUACUGGAUGAUACCUCCUGAGCUGUAAGAUAGACCUCAGGCCCGCGUGGUAGGAAAAAAAAACUGCGAAUUGCAACAGGGAUUCUUUUUUUGCUUGACUAAAUUACAACCCUCACGAGUAACGCCUUGGCUCUUUCUGACUUGAUCACAUGCUAAUCAAAGACCACUAAACGCCGUGCCGUCAAUGCUCGACCUUGAGGUGAAUAAGAAUGUACAGAGAAUAGGUCAACACAUAAUAGUAGUAGAACAAAA